AUGUCAAAGCCGCGGAGUCAAUUCUCAGAGAGUUUGAAACAACAACCAUUACGAGAUACGCUUGUUUCAAAGCAAGCAAAGGAUUUGGGAACACAGGUAAGGGGCUUCCUAUUUUAUUCAUGAUAGCGUGCAACCGCUGAUGUGGCAAAUCGAGGAGACCUUGCGCUUCUUGAAUAUAAACUCCGAGGAAAUAUCAACUAACAGCUCUAUGAUAUGCGUAUAUUUAUAUUUAGGCUAAUCAGUCGGGCCAACUUCAAAUUCUUAUAAAGCAGAGUUCAAGUGUUUAAAUGUAAUAUAAAUUAUUUCUUCAAAAGGAAAUGAAACGCACCUGUGUACAUAGAAACAAUAAUGUGAGGGUAGGAGUAUGGAGAAGGUUUAGGGAGGUUGUGUGGUUGAUUUCACAAGUGAACUGCUAGAUCAGAAAAAGCUCUGGUUUCCCAUCCAGCAACGAACAUUUUAAGGGAGAACAGGUUAAUAGUAACAAGGUCUCUAGUGGUAGGGAAAUGCUUCAACAUAGACAGUGCCGGAUCCAGGGGAUCUUUACUUUUACACCAAACUGAGGCCCGAAGGACCGAAAAAAAAUUUUUUUCAGACCGCCCACCCCUCAUCUAAGGGUCUGGAUGAUCACCCCUCCUCCUCCCCCCCCCCUUAUCUGAAGGUCUGGAUCGGCCACUGAUAGGUUUUCUGUCUAUUAACAGAUAUUAAAUCCCACAAGCACAAAGUGUUAUGGGAAGACGGUAGCCUGCGAGCAAGCUCUCCUAUUUGGGCGAGCGAAGCGAGCCGCGCGAGAACGCCCCCGCUGUCGCGUCUCCUCUCGCGUGCCUGUCGCGCGUGUACUUUUCACGAUAUCACCCCAAAUGGAGAGCUUGCUCGCAGGCUAGCGUUUUGGCCGCAUCCCAUUUGUUGUGGUUAAUCACAAAGUGUACGACUGUCAGCAUGGUGUGGACAGACAUGUGAGAGAGAAAAAAAAAUCAAACGGUUAGUUUAUUUUUCAUAUCGAUUUUCCAAUUUUCGCUUGUUCCUCCGCCUGACAUGUUUGUGUUCUUUCCUGUCGGAUGGUGACCAUGCUUAUCGAAAAAAAGGAGCUGGCAAACUUCUUCAAGAGUCUAGAAAGCUCAAUUGUCCUGCACCGGUACAUUUGAGAGAGAUCAUCAAAUUCCCAGAGUAUAAGGUAAAUACCAACAACCGCGAGAAUUACAGUGGUUACAAAAUUAACCUAAUAGAAUUAACCUCUCGUUAAGCUGCGUUUUUUGUGCUUUUAUGUUAUAUAGAUACCAGAAAAGACAGAAUGGCGUUGUAAGAGCCAGUCCAAGAAGUCACGACAGGCCAUAGAAGAAGGACAACAAAAUAUGAAAGAUGAAUCCAUGUACAUCUUCCAUCGGUCGAUGAACAUACGAAUCACCCAACUGGAGACGUAAGCGUUUUAAACUUUUAUCUGUUCAAGGUUUUUUAUUAUAAUUUGCAUGUGGGAGGUGUUUUUACAUGUCAAUAGUCAAUAAUCUGUUUUUAAUCCGAAAAUAUCUUGCCAAUAUUGUUUUGUUUUAAUUCAUUAUUCUUUGGUAGGCCGGCGGUCUCCAUCAGCGAAUCGACGGAAUCGAAGGCUGGUGACCAAAAUUCAAGAGCUCGUUUCUGCAGGCGCAAGAUCUGAGAAGGAGGUUCGUUGGCACCUUAAGAUUUUUGUCCAGCGGGAGUUGUAUCGAGGACAACAAGAACCUCUGAAAACCAUCCGACGGCUCUAUCCCUCCAAAGCGACCAUCCGCAGCCACAUUUACAAGUCAAUUGUUAAGGAAAGGUUCUCAAAAAUUGACCAGGAAGACCUUUUAAAGAGAGUACAGCUUUGA